AUGUCCGACGCAGCCGCCCCCGCCCAGUCGCUCAGCGACGCCGUCCUCACCCAGGUCGAGUUCUACCUCUCCAACUCGAACCUCCCGUUCGACAAGUACCUAUUUGGCCUGUGGGCGACCAGCUACCACGACCCGGCCGCCAUCAUUGCCAAGACCCCUGCCCCCGCCGACUCGCCCAAACACCCCCAGUCCUCGCACAACUCGUUCCACCUCGGAUGGCUCCCGCUCGAGAAGCUCGCUUCGUUCAAGCGAAUGCAACCCUACCUCGCUGCGCCGCCCGAGGGUCUCGGUAGCAUUGACGCUAUCGCCGAGGUCGUCAAGACAUCGUCGCUUGUCGAGGUUCACAAGUUCGGCAACGAGGGCGAGACCGGCGCCGGCUGGUACGUUCGCCGCAAGACGCCUCUCCAGAAGCCCGAGGACGCGAUGCAGCGCAGCGUCUACGUCAAGGGCUUCCCGAAGACGGAGAAGGUCGGCGAGAACGACGAGGAGCGGAAAGCGAUCAAGGCGCAGGAGGACGAGUUGCAGAAGAAGAUGGAGCAGUGGGCGCGCGACCUCAACCUCGGAAAGGUUCUCUCGGUCCGCAUGAGGCGCGAGGACAAGCCCGGUGUCGAGGGAAAGGCGCCCUUGAAGGGCAAGGGCAAGUUCAAGGGUUCGAUCUUCAUGGAGUUUGCCGAGAAGUCGUCGGUCGACAAAUUCCUUGCGCUCGACCCCAAACCUACCUUCGAGGGUGCCGAGCUUGAGACGAAGUCCAAGCUUGACUACAUCGAAGAGAAGCGCAAGCUCUACGCUCCCGACUCUGCUCCCAUCACCGGCAAGGACGCCGUCCCGAAGAACCCGUACGCUCGCUCAGCCAAGCCCUUCAACGCCUGGGCCGAGAAGCUCGUCGGCGAGAACGGCUUCCCUUCGGUCCCCUCGGCUGGUGGCGCUGGCGCGAGGGAGUCGAACGGCAAGAAGCGUGCGGCGGAGGACAAGGACGCGGUGGAUGAGCGUGAGAUCCAGUACGAGGGUGUGCGGUUCAAGGCGCGCCGCACCGGCGGUCGUGAUGGACAGGUCGAAAUCGUCGACGAGGACAAGCUCGGUACGGGUGCGGGCGAGUGGCCGAUGGGCAAGGUCCUUCGCUUCACGAUCUCGAAGAAGGACGGCUCGACCUCGGGUGACCUUGAGGGUGGCGAGAACUUUGACUUUGGCGCGCUCAAGAAGCGUCUCGAGCCCAUCGCCAAGCCUGGAUUCGUCUCGCUUCUCGAGGACCGCAAGAUCGCGCCUCUCCCGUCGGCGGACAAGGACAAGGAGAUGAAGGACGACCCUUUCCCGGCUCGCGCGAACGCGCCUCCCGAGGUCAAGACUGCGUCCAAGGCGGAGGAGGACAAGCCUGCCGAGGCUAGCACGAGCACCGCGCCUGCACAGCAGUACCCGGCGCGCGGACAGGCGAGCUUCAGGGAGGUCCUGUCGGACGAGGUCUUUGACAAGAUCAAGUCCGAGGUCGGCGAGGUCAACGGCAGGAAGAUCGAGUGGGUUCGUAUCUCGGAGACCGAGGAGCGCAAGCACCAGAUCUCCCGCGCGCGCUUCCACGCGAACCAGGCUUUCUCGCAGGAGGCUGGACGUGGCGGAGGACGUGGCGGACGUGGCGGACGGGGAGGACGCGGUGGCCGGGGAGGAGGAGGACGCGGCGGCGGCAACAAGCGCCAGCGUCGCGACUGA